GAGACAGGAACUGCCACCCCUGCCUCCCUCCCACAUGCUUUUUCUGCCUCACUCUCUCUUUUAGACCCACACACAUUCUCAUGUAUCACGAAGCGCUGUUUGACAGUGAGCCUGUCUCUGGACGAUCUGUUUCAGCGUGGAUGCUCUCUGGUCUCAUCCUUUCCUCUCUUCAGUAUUCUGUUGCUGUGGUGGGACGUCUAGCUACAUUGAUCUUCUGGGGUCAGGCCUCACCUCCAGAUCAGGAUGGAAGCAGUAGCUCUUUACAACUUUUGUGCCACGGAAAGUGACGAGCUUAGCUUUCAGAAGGGAGACGUACUCAAGAUCACUAAUAUGGAAGAUGAUCCUAACUGGUACACUGCAGAGUUGGUGAACAGGAAGGGCUAUGUACCUAAAAACUAUAUCAGCUUAAAGCCACACAAAUGGUUUGUGGGCCGUAUCUCCAGACACGUGGCCGAGAAUCGACUGCACCAGCAGACGUGUGGAAGCUUCUUAGUAAGAGAGAGUGAGAGUGCACCUGGAGAAUUCUCCAUGUCGGUCAGCUAUGGGGAUCAUGUACAGCAUUUCAAGGUGUUAAAAGACAGAGAUGGCUAUUACUAUGUUUGGGAGGAGAUCUUUCCUUCCUUAAACCAGCUGGUGGACUUCUACAAGACCAACAGCAUAGCAAGGGAAAGGACUGUUUAUCUGAAGGAAACAGAACAUACAUUAAAGAGGCCCCAUGAAGCACAAGCCCUGUUUGACUUCAGUCCAGAGCACGACUCCCAGCUGCACUUCCUGCGGGGUGAUGUCAUAGAACUGCUGGACUGCUCUGAUUCUCAGCGCUGGAAAGGUUGUUGUCGCGGCCGUGUGGGCUUUUUCCCACCCGAGUACGUCAAGCCCACCUAUCGCUGACUCUGAAGGACAAUAACAGCACUGUUUGUAAAUAUCAGUAGUCGACUGUUAGCAUCAUUUAAUGGUGCUAAUAGGACACAAAUGAUCAAGAUAAGUUUGAAAAUGACUUCGGAACAGGCAAUCAGGCAGAAAUGAACUUAUCUAGCCACAGUUACUAAAACAUAAUCAUGCUGUUGACACUAAAAUGACAACUGUCAGCUUAUUAGGCCAAAUGCCCUAAACUAUCAAGCACCAUUAUACAAAAAAAAAA